CCCACUUCCACCACCCGGGCCCCUGACCUGCUCUGUUUACUUACAACAUCCUCAACCCCUCCGUUCCCCGAGCUCCAUCAGACCUCACAAAGCGCAUGUGCUAGCGCUUUCUCCCACCCACGAUGUCGCCUUCACCACCGAAGCACACGGCGAGCUUCAACACUGCCGACCAGCAAAAUCUCAGCGAUCCAGUUACUGGAGAGUCGUCGCCCUCACGGCCCUCGAAGCGUCGCAAGAAGGAUGACGAUGCGCCGACCGAUCUCGCCGACGAGGCCGACUCGUCAUUAGUCGCCGACCAGUCAGCUCUAGACAUGAACGACGAUGACCAGGUGGUCGCACGCGUGAUACAGUAUCUCGAGAUGCCCAAGAAUGUUCAGGCUAGCAAGGACCACUCCAACAGCAUCCACGAGUCGAGCCAGGGCGUUCAGGCCUUUGCUAAAAUCGCGGCCUUCGACUGGACCUACUACAUCACGAGCCUCAAUGUUAAUAUCGGUCGCUCCUCCGAACCUAUACAGACUACCGCCGGCCAGAGCCAGGAGGAAGACCCCAGCAAAAUUGUACACAUCGACCUAGGCCCCAACAAGCAGGUUUCUCGUCAGCAUGCUCUCAUUUACUUCAAAUCUACAGAGGAGCAGUGGUGGUUGCGCGUCAAGGGUCGCAAUGCGCUCAAGGUCGAUGGCGUUCCGUGGAAAGUGGGCGACGAGGGUCCUCUGAGAAGCGGCGAGGUCAUCGAGAUUGGCGGCAUGGAGAUGAUGUUUGUUCUGCCGGCCGAUAUCAGUGCUCUUCAAAUCAAGAGGGACUAUCUCGAGCGAGCCGGCAUCGUUCCCCCAGACUCGCAGACUUCUCCUCGCCAAGCUCGCCAUCCCCUUCCCUCAGCAGGAGAAUCGCAUGCUUUUCAGGCCGUGUCUCCGACUAGCAAGGCCGCCCCCCGGAAUCAAGGACCACAAAAGGCAUUGGCUCCAGCUCCUCCAGACUACCGGAGAGGCGUCACUCCUCCCCUUAACCUUCCUCGGCCGCCGAUGCACAGGAUGGUUCAUGAAGGUUUGGCAGGCCCGCUUGUCAUGACCAACAACGAGGUUGAUCUUAGUCUCGACGAAAAUCAACACAUCAAGCCGCAAUUCAGCUAUGCACAAAUGAUCACGCAGGCGAUCAUGAACACAGAAGACCAGAAGCUCAAUCUCUCCGGCAUUUAUCAGUUCAUCAUGAACCGCUACUCAUACUAUAGGCAUCAACCCGCUGGUGGCUGGCAGAACUCGAUUCGACAUAAUCUUUCGUUGAAUAAGUCAUUCGAGAAGGUCGCAAGGUCGACAGACGAGCCCGGCAAGGGCAUGAAGUGGCAGAUUGUUGCCGACGCCCGUGACGACAUGAUACGCAAUGCGUACCGAGGUGGUCGUGGUGGACAUAGAGGCACCUCUAACCCAGCUUCUCCUAGUGGGCUGAAUUACAUCACGCAGGGUCCGAAGGACAUGGCCGCCAAGGAGCCUACGUCGUCUCGUAAGCGGAAGAUUUCGCCGUCCGACUCGCCCCAACCACAACCGCACCCAACACUCCGCGACUCGCAAUCAACGCCUGUGCGCGCCGCCCAGCGCAAACCUCUCCCUGACAAAGCGGAGGAUGGUACGGAGGCUAGCCCGCUGUCGACGAUCCGGAAGCCCGCGACAAUGAGUACAUCGGGGAUAGUGGAGGAUACGCCUGCUUCGCCGACGUUGGGGUCGUCGUACCUGCAGGAAGAUGGUGCGUCUCUCGUUACGCCGGCUCCAAACCGAGUUAAUCCCCGGCUUGUACCCCCCAGCACGGCCCAACGGCCUAGUCAACACAUGCCGACCAGCUCACCCGCCCCGUUCUGGAGAUAUGCCGAUAUUUCAAGUACGCCGCUAAAGCCUGCUCAGUACGACGCCAGCCCCUCCAAGACACACGGGAACCUGCCAUCGCAGAGCAGCAGCCCCCCGCCACCGGCGCGGAGUAAGUCGCCUGCCGGGAGUGCAAGCCCGACGAGAACGACCAGCCGCGGCGCCACCGUCGGCGUAGAAGAAUCCCCGAGCCCUGCCGAGGAGGAGGACCGGGCUUUUGAUCUUACAAAGGGAUUCCAAAGCAUCGGUAGUUAUCAUGCUCCUGUCAGUCGUGGCAAGGAGAUUCAGCCGGCUGAAAACGGCGAUGUGCCCUCUAUGGCGCCCCUGAGCUCUUAGAAGGGCACGUAGCCGAGGGUGCAGCUACAACACCGAUUUCGCGAAAUAUACAAGAACGUGGCUAGCGCCAUUUACGCAUCAUUGUUCUAAGUGGGCUUUUGUUCACGUAUUCUGCAUCAUUCUUCUUCU